AUGUCGAAAUCCAUUGUGCCCACACCUACCCGAUCCACCUUUGGACGGCAAGGAAUCAGCAGCGCUGCUGGAUCGACAACACCGAUAUCGUUGAGCUUUGGCAAGCAUGUCAACUCUCCGCGCGUGGGCCCCAUCGCCCACCGAAGCCAGUACUAUGCGCACCACGAUCGGCGUCUUGGUGGUGCCGCCAGUCCAGAAGCCUGUAAGGCACCCAGCGCAUCGGUCCAAGGCGAAGGAGCACCGUCAGUGGCGACCGACUCGGACGAGGAGCCUGAUCCGCCCUUCAUGUUUGCCAAUAAGAAAACACAUCCAAGCAAAGCGUUAGGUUUGAAAAAGUAUGGCCGCGUGAAUGGCUUUGCUGGAACUGGCUCCCAAACAUUCAGCCCCAGUAAGACAUCGUACAACGCUGCUGGCGGCAUACUCGAUACACCCAUUUCGGCUUCGAGCUUCACGGCACCCUCCCGCUCACAUGCCCAACAGCUGAGCGCUCUUGCCGGACAAGAUGGUCAUUGCAUGCAGCAAGAUUCUGGCCGCCCGUCGUAUGUCCCAUCGUACCUUCAAGAGCGUAAGGCCUCGGUUCGUAAAGCGCGGUACGAAGAAGAAGCAAAAGAAAUGGAGAUGGCUGAAAACGAUGGCGUCAAUUCCAUCUCGGACACUACGACCGAUGCGGAUGGGAUGAAUCUCGACUCGGACUUUGAACCGCAAGACCAUGAUGGGGAAGAGACCGAGGACGAGAACAAGGGCGAGGAGGAGGAGAGGGCUGUGCCGAGCAAGUGGAAGCCUCGCAGGACUCCAAACUCGGCCAUCGUCGUCGACUCGGACGACUCGUCCGACUUAACCGAUCUCGAGCUCGACAUGCCACGGACGACGCUGCCCCGAGUGCGACAGAGCCAAGGGCAGGUCAAGAAGCUGCGUCGUGAGGCUGCUGCAGCCAGGAAGGCGCAGAAGAGUCACCAAGCCUCGCAUGCCGGCGCAGAUAACAUGAGAGCUAAGGUGAACACAACAGCGCAGUCCAUCUCUGCAGCGCUCAUCGGGCAUGCAGAAGAGCACUCGCCAGUCGUUCGUGGUCGCUCAGCGUCGAGCCAAAGUGAGCCACAAGCACAGUGGAAGCAGCAGCAGCACCGCUCAUUACUACUCGAAGAGCAAGAAACCUUCGAUUCGUCUUCGGAGCCGACUUUCACUGACUUCUUUGCCGACUCCACCGAUGAAGACGAUGACGAGGCGAAGGCUACUGGGACAGAGGACGCUGUGGGCGCCAAAGAGAACGUAGUGAAACUGGAGUUGGAUGACGAGGCCAUCCAAGCGUUCCUCCGUGAUGCACUCCUCCCCGCCGACUCCUCUUCGGGCGAAGAGGAGGAUGAGGAAGAGGAGCUCACGGAAGAAAUAGUAGGGGGAGAGGGCGUCAUGAGUAGCGCUGCCAUGAUUCAUGGCUCGGGAGGCGCACCGCAGCUGCAAGCACAAGAUCGUGUACUGCCGCAGCUGUCGGUCGCACCGACCACGCAUCUCGACUCCGUCCCAAUCCUCGUCAUCGAGGAGACGGACGGUCGCUUGAUCCGUGCACGCGCUACCGGCGGCGACGCAGUCUUUGGCUCCGACGGCGAGUUUGAGUAUGUCGGCGGCGAAGACACGGAGAGCGACAGCGACGACUAUGGACACAGUGACGCUGUCGCUGAGGAUGAGGGCAUGGACAGCGACGAAGAUGCAUACAUGGACGGCGCGGGCAACCCGCUAUUCAUGGACGCCGACGAGGCUGCUAAAGCCGGGCUCCUGGACGACAGUGAUGAUGAUGGUGAUGAUGAUGAUGACAAGGUGCAGCAAAGCGAUUUUGCUGCUUCUCGCCGUGGCGCUCAAAGCAGUCGACACGUCGGUAAGAACCGCAUGCACGCCCAGUCGACGCGCCACUCUCGGCAUUACCCUACCCCGCACAUCAUCACCGACUCGUCCUCAGUAGCCGCGUCAUCGGACGGAGAGACGACGGACGACCUGGGCGAGUACGACAUGCCGUUUCCGCGCCUGCUCGUCGGUAGCGUCGCACCCAAGGGGGGUAGAGCGGCCAAGCGGGCGAGAAGAAUGGCACGCGAGAGCCGGAAGCGCAACAAGAAGGCGCUCCGCGCUGCGAGGCAGAUCGCCAUCGUCAACCAAGCCAAUGCUGGCUCUGCUUUUGGCGCGGGUGGCACUGGGGUGGGUCUCGACGUUAGUCUCGUGCAAGGCUUCAUGCUGCCGCCCAUGUUUGUAAUUGGCGGGUUGCCUGCUACGUCAGACCUCAUCAACCCUGCCGCUGCGGCUGCUGGAGACGCUGCGCCGUGGGCGACGCCGCUGUCCCCGUCGACCGCCGGCCUGUCCACACCAAUUUUGCAGUCCGACUUGCCGCUCCCGAACGUCAUAUCUGCCGCAUCAUCCAGCAUGACGCCGCCUCCGCUUGCGCCUGCCUCCACAUCUGCGUCUGAAGCGACGGGCGACCAGCAGGAGCAGCAGCCCAUCGCUCGCACGCCGAGUGCGCCAGCUACUGCUGCUAUUACCGUUGCUGCCUGUGUGGGGCCACGCAUGGGUACAUUUACGGCGUCUGCCAAGUCACGCAGACGCGCUCUGAUCGAUGGGUCCGCCGGUGUGCCUUCACCUUUCGCCAUGUCAACCGCUCCGCGUAGCAGAGGUGCGCGACGCAGUGAAUCGUCGCCGAAUGCUCUCAGGUCAAUGAUUAAAGCCGAGAGCAGGCAUCAGCGUCAAGAUCUCUUGUCGCCGCUAGCGCGAAGGACAAAGGCGAAGAACAAAGGCAAGAAGGUAGCACAGGACUUACGCAGGCGCUCCUACCGGAUCAAAGAGAUCGACCUGCACGAUUUAGUACACCAGGACGCCUGGCGGGACAACCUCUCCAUCGAGCAGCGCCAGCUGUCACCAUACUUGCGCCCCAAGCUGCCAACGCAGGUAAUUGUGACUGGAAGCAAGACACCGCGCUUUGUUGCUGAGUACGGCUUCAAGCGAGGCGCCAACCAGUUCCCUGCUUCGCCGGCGACCGCAGCGACACCGUACAAGAAUCAUCAAAACCAUCACCACCAUCACGCUGCGUUACCGCAUCGCUCUGCUCGGCACAGGUCGUCAUCUCGAAGUACGCAUCGAAGGCAAAGCCGUACAGAACUCUCGCCCUCCCUACCGCUAUUGCACAUAUCCGAGGUGGACGAUCGAAGCAACGCCAACCACAUUGGUCAGAGAGCCAGUACAAGCGGUAGUACAGGCGGACACACGAUCGGCGCAACCUCGACGCCCGUCAUGCGUACAACAGGCAGCGGCGGUAAUGCGCGACUACGGAACGAGGGGCACGCUUCGCACGAAGCCAACAUGCAGCAACCCUACGCACUUUGCCCACCCUCGAGCGAAUGCGACAACGCUCUGAUGCAAUUUUCUCCUCUCUUUGGUGGUAUCGUCCCCGCCUUGAAUAUGAAUAGCGAUGAUUUGGACUCGUUCACUUUGUAA